AUUUUGAUCGUCACAACCUGACGAUUGCAGUCUUGAUCACCAGCAAAAGAUCGAUAUAGGCCAUAGGUCAAGCUAGUACUUUUCAGCCAUGUCGAUGAAACGACAGAAGAGCGGCGGUGUCAAGCCGGCGGCACCCAUCGCUACGCAACAACCGAAAUUCUAUAAUGGACCGACUAUCCCCAAACCGAGCGGAAAUAUCGCUCACACCACUGCGGUGACCGCUAAAGGGCCCCCACCGCCUCCCGUGGAUCUGCAAAGCCUCAAAAAGGCCAACGAAAGGAACACUAAGCGGGCACGAAACUCGAGACCGUCCCACGCCCUUCUCAACACGUUCAUCCUCUCCUUGUUGGCCAUCUCCUUCGUCUCGCUUUCCUUCUGCCCAUCACCGGAACAGAUCGACAAGAGCGUCGCCAGGUCUUACUUUAACCUGAACAACCUCAACCCAUUCACCUCUUCCGACCCUGGUGUCCCGGCAUGGGAGCGUCACAUCUGUCAGCCUACAACAGCUUACCGUCGGCAUAUCCUCGAGCCCUACGUCGUACCGCACGUACAGCGCAGGGUCGCUCAUAUCCAGGCUCACCCUAUUGUCAAGGAACACAUUGCCCCGGCUUACCACCAGGUCGAAGUCAAGACCAGGAACCAGAGGAAGGCUGUCUACUACAGGACUCAACGCGUUUAUAACCGUGCCGUCCGACCUUACGUUCCCCAUUUCCACGCUGCAACCAAGAGGCUCACCAAUCGGGCGGAACUCGCAGGCAAUCAAGCCUGGCAGCAGAUCUUGGCCCUGCUCGCUCAGGCGCAGGCACUCGUCUCGCCUUAUCUAGAACACCCCCACGUUAUUCGAGCGCGCAAGACUGCCAACGAUCUCUAUAACCAUCCUACCGUAGCGACCGCUGGCAAGCACGCCAAUCUCGUUUACAAGCGUUCGGUCCCUCACUUCGAAAAGCUCGGCGUUUAUGGUGGACAGAAGAGCUCGCAGAGUUACGCUUGGGCUAGGAAAACUGGUAUUCCCCAGGUCGCCAAGGGUGCGGUCAACGCCUUGGAUGUGGCCGAGAACAAUCUCAAGCAGAUUGUACUGUACUUGACCCAGCUGUUCAACACGCACGUACACCCAGUUCUUCACCCGCAUUACCGUACCCAUGUCGAGCCUCAUGUGAACGCGCUGUCGAAGAACGCCUAUGCCCCGGUUGUACGAAAGCACGCCAACCGUGUCGCUCCGAUCCUCGGGUCUUUGAUCUUGACCCCUUCGCUCAAUGAUAUCCGAAGUGGGCUCAAGGGGCUAUACCACGAUGUCAAGGACAACGUCGAGAGCGUCACCGCGAGCGCAAAGGAUACCACUCAGUCCAUCAAGAGCAACGUCGCUGGGGCCGCUUCUUCCCUUUCCGCUCAGGUAUCGGCUUCUAGCACCGUCGCUCAGGCGGUUGGGGAGAAGGCCACCAAGAGUGCCAAGGCUUCCGCCUCCAGUAUCAACUCGAAGGCCAGGAAGACGGCGGGUCGGGCUACCGCUCAGGCGGCAGCUUCGGCAGUCAGUGCUAGCAAGAAUGUAGAAGAUGCUGUCCGAGCUGGAACCGCUACCGCCAAGGCUUCCGUCGAGGCUGUCGUUAGCAACGCUCAGGCUACCGCUUCCCAGGCUUCUCUCGCAGGACAAUCGGUCGUUUCGGGUGCUUCGGCUUCUGGACAGUCUGUUGCAUCCGCUGCUUCCGCAAGUGUACGAUCCGUUGCCUCGGAGGCGUCCGCCUCUGGGCACUCUGCUGCAUCGAUUGUCUCAGCUUCUGCCCGGUCCGCUGCCUCCGACGCCUCUGCUUCGGCCCAGUCUGGCGCAUCCGCCGCUUCUGCAUCUGCACAGGCCGCCACUGCUUCGGUGAAGUCUGCUGCUGUCGCCGCCUCGGCUUCCGGAGAAUCUGCCGCCUCAGUCGUUUCCGCUUCUGGUCAAUCCGCUGCUUCGGCGAUUUCUGGUACUGGACGUUCCGUCGCCUCGGUCGUUGCUGCUUCGGCCACCUCGGCGGGUAGCGCCGUCUCUCAGGCUGCGACCGACGCCGCCUCGUAUGCCAAAGAGCAGGUCGCCCGUGGAGCUCAAGCCGUAGAGCAAGCUGCUUAUGCGGCCGAAGCAAGUGCUGCUAGCAUCGCCAGCGCGGCGUCUGCUUCUGUUGUCAGCGCAACCGACAACGUCGGCAGUGCGGCCAGCUCCAUGUCUCGAACCGGCGAGAGCUUGGUCUCGCAGGCUUCUGAUACUUUGGCAUCGGCCGGCAGCACCGCCUCGGCAUCUGUCGAAUCAGCCACCAAGCAAGUGCAACCUUCGGUCUCGAGCGCUUCCGCCGAAGCAGUUCGAGCAGCUAGCUCUGCCUCUGCCGCAGCCCAAGCGUCCGCCUCAUCAGUGUCGUCCGCGGGUGCGUCUUAUGUCGCCGGUGUCGGUGAACAGGUCAGGGGAGCAGCGUCGACCGUUUCCGCUUCAGCAGGACAAGCAAGCGCGCAGGUCUCGACCGCCGUUGUCGAUGCUUCCCGUCAAGCUCGCGGAUCCGCCAGCUCUGCUUCAUCUUUGGGAUCCUCAGCGCUCGAUCAAGCUGCCAGUCAGACGGCGAGCGUUGCCGAAGCCAUCAAGGCGACCGCUAGCUCCGCUUCACGAGGAGCUCAAUCCUCCGUGGCCAGCGGGACCGAGUCGGCAAAUUCGCUGAGCGCCUCGAGCCAGCCGACACCGCCUGUGAUCGUGCAAGCCAUACCUGUCGAGGUGGUCGUCCAGGAGCAGAUCAUACAGAGAAGUUCCGAGGAUUCGGAGCGCACUAUCGCUGAUGGCGCUAGGCUUGAAAAGGAGAAUGAAGGAGAUGUUGCCUUUGAGAUUGUCGAGAGUUACUAGAUAGAUAGAGAUAGAGAUUGUCAAGUAAACAAUGAAAGACCUAUACACGGUGUGCCAGGUGGUAUUAUGCAUAUACAUCCUCACAAGCAGGACAGCCGAAACGAUAGUGAUGCCUUUCAUACAAAUUGUGCUUUACAACGGGGCUCUAUAAAAUUGCAACUAGUAUGCUUCGACUGCGGUGCGAACGUCGAAAGAUCCGCUCCCAGCGGCCACAGGAGUUCCCAUCACGAUACUUCCACUUGGACUUCGCAAGUCAUCAAAGU